AUGGGUCGUGGUAAGUCCAAGAAAGGCGCAGCGUCCAAGAAACGCGCCGCCGUUUCUUCCCCUCCACCGCCGCCGGAUCCCGUCAUCUCCGAAGCAGAUAAGGAGUUAGAACGAAUUGAUAAACUGUUCUAUACAUAUGCUAAUGAUUCAUCUGGCUUGAUUGACCCUGAAGGGAUUGAAAUUCUGUGCUCACAUCUGGGAGUUGACCAUACUGACAUCAGGAUGCUAAUUCUUGCAUGGAAAAUGCAAGCUGGAAGACAAGGCUAUUUUACUCUGGAGGAAUGGCGAAAUGGGGCUAAAGAGCUAAAGGCUGAUACAAUAGAGAAUCUAAAGAAGGCAUUUGGACAGCUUGAGGAGGAGCUGGAAAGUCCAUCAAACUUUGUAGACUUCUAUGCCUAUGCAUUUCAGUAUUGCUUAACAGAGCAUAAUCAGAAGUGCAUCGAGACUGAAAUCGUUUGUGUACUUCUGGAUCUCGUGUUAGGCCCCCGAUUUCAACCACAAGUUGCAGCACUUGUUGAGUAUAUACAGAUUCAGAAAGAUUACAAGGUUAUAACCAUGGAUCAGUGGCUUGGAUUUAACAGGUUUCUCAGUGAGAUUAGCUUCCCAGAUUUCAGCAAUUAUGAUGAAGAGCUUGCUUGGCCGUUGAUCCUGGACGAUUUUGUUGACUGGAUGAGAGAAAAGCAGUGCUAGCAUAGAGACAUAAGACCAAACUCAAAUCUUCCUUAGAAAGAUUCAUUGUAAAUAACAUAGGAUCCACAAUUCUGGUUGCUAGAUUGUUGAUUAGAAAUUCCCUACUUUUUUUUUCCUUUUUAUAUUCUUGUCAGCUUUGGGGAACAAAAUUUGUUUCUCUCAGUUUUUCAUGGAUUAUAGUUUUACACUUUCACAAUAUAAUACAAC